GUUACAGUGUGCGGAAAGCGCGCGCUCAGACGCGCAUGGCGAACGCUCUGCUGUGGAACGAACUGGAUACGCGUGUCUCUUCAAACUGUAGUUAAACACCAGGAAAUCAAAUUCACCCUAUUUAAAUCCAGAAAAAAUGAAAUGUCUUUGUGGAAGUAGCUCUGUUUGCCGGUUUACAAUUGCAUUAGCCCGUGGAGAGGUAAACGAGAGAGAAGAGGAAUACAGUUACAGAUACAUAGAUGGACAUGCCUGUCCGAUGGAGAAGAGUGGAUUUAACAUAUAAGAAACUGGAUACUUCCGCUCUUUGGAUUAAAGUUGCGGUUUGAAGGGCCUCUGCUUGGCUUCAGCCAUCUCCAUCUGAUGGACGUCUUCAUGCAGUAUGCCUACAAUGAGAGCUUCUUUGAAAAUGUAUCCCAGGACUUUAAUGCCACAGGACAAGAGGGGAGGCACCAGUAUAAUUAUUAUGCCAUGCUUCUCACGCUCCUCAUUUUUGUCAUCGUCUUUGGCAAUGUGCUGGUGUGCAUGGCCGUCUCCAGGGAGAAAGCUUUGCAGACCACCACCAACUACCUGAUAGUCAGCUUGGCCGUGGCUGACCUGCUAGUGGCGACGCUUGUAAUGCCAUGGGUGGUUUACCUUGAGGUGGUGGGAGAGUGGCGCUUCAGCACAAUUCAUUGUGACAUCUUCGUCACCCUGGACGUGAUGAUGUGUACAGCGAGCAUACUCAAUCUGUGUGCCAUCAGUAUUGACAGGUAUACAGCUGUGGCCAUGCCCAUGUUAUACAACACACGCUACAGCUCCAAAAGAAGAGUCACGGUUAUGAUCUCUGUUGUGUGGGUUCUGUCUUUUGCUAUAUCAUGUCCGCUGCUCUUUGGACUUAAUAAUUCUGUCACCCAUGACGAUGCCCUGUGUGUGAUCGCCAACCCUGCCUUUGUAGUGUACUCCUCCAUUGUUUCCUUCUACGUGCCCUUCAUCAUUACCCUACUAGUAUACGUACAGAUUUACGUGGUAUUGCGUAAGCGACGGAAACGGGUGAACACAAAGCGCACCUUCCCGGUUACAGACGUGGACAUGAGCUCCACUAUAAAGAGGUGCACCCACCCUGAUGAUGUGAAACUGUGCACUGUGAUCGUCAAGUCCAGUGGGAAUUUUCCUGUGAACAACAAAAAUGUGAUCUUCAUAAAGGAGGUGGUAAACAAUGCGGACGACAUCCAAAUGGAUGAAAUCUCGAACUUAAAUCCUCCCAGACAGAAGAAGCAGGAUCAGUGUGGUACGAGUCAAGAACACAGCAGGCUGGUUAACACUAACCUAAGAGAGACUGACAUCUCACCCCCAUCGCCUGAAGCUGGUGUCAAACCCGAAAGAAACGGCAACACCAGCAAUAUUGCGAAAGUGGCCAAAGCGUUUGAGAUCCAGGUCUCGCCCAACGGCAAAACACAGACGUCAGUCAAGUCUCUUAACAAGCGCAAAAUCUCCCAGCAGAAGGAAAAGAAAGCUACUCAGAUGUUAGCUAUUGUCCUUGGUGUAUUCAUCAUCUGCUGGCUGCCGUUCUUCAUCACACACAUUGUGAACACAUACUGCCAGGUCCCACCUGAACUCUACACCGCCUUUACGUGGUUGGGCUACGUGAACAGCGCCGUUAAUCCAAUCAUAUACACCACGUUCAACAUUGAGUUUCGCAAAGCUUUCAUUAAGAUUCUUCACUGUUGAGCGAGAACUCUCUUCAGAGGAGCAGACGGGAAGGAAACGAUACCUCAAGCAGUGGACACACUGGAAAUCUUAAUGUAAAGCAUGACAAUAAAACUCCAGAUGCUCCACAUUUCAUUGGGAUGACACCACGGCUUAAAGAAUGUAUAUAAAGUGUUUGUAUCAUAAAAUGUAUUUUGGUUUUGAGAUAAUGUUGCACAAAAAUAAAAUGUGCAUAUUACAACACAAAACACAGUGGAAAAUAAACAUCAAAUGCCUACAUUUGACAUACAAUAAAAAACAAUUCUUAUCUGUUUGUCAGUAUUAGUUUUUGUUUUUGUUUUGUUUUUUUGUAUUUUUUCUGUUUAUAAUUUUUGUUACACUGUUUGCAACUUUGCUCCAUUUUAUCAAGUGUUUGUCAGACAUUCACUUAACCACAGAUAGAAACCUUAAAAAACAAAUGCAUUCAAUAAAACUGUAACUGUCAUUUCUGUACCAAUGUAAAAGCAUUUACAGUUUUGAACAAAAAAAUAGAAUAAAAACAAUUUCUUAUGCCGAAACUUGUAUACGAAGUAGCCUUGACCGUGCUUUGUGAACCUUCCCAGUGGAAGCAUCCACCAUUUUGGUUCCCUGUUUUGGCCUUGAGGAAGUAAACAAAAUACUUGAGGGAGUGAAAGAGGAGGUUCAGAACAAUCUGCUUACGUCCCUAAGGAGUCGACUGUGGAGAACGUCACCCAAGCGUGCGAAAAGCAACAUCAGCAAAAUGACUGUGUAAUUUUCAUUUAAGGUUUCUUUGUACUGUUUAUUACUGUUUGUAUGAAUACUGCUUUCCAUAUGACACACGUUGAAUGUGAUGGGCCUGCCGUUGCAAUGUAAUGCAUGUUUUGUUCUCAUGAGAUGUAUGUCGCACAAUGAUGUAAGCUUACGAAUAAAGUAAUUGUGCACUGGUGGUUGCUGAAUAUAUCAAAAUAUCAGCGAAAAAGUUUCCUUUUGAGAAUUGGGUUUUUCUGUAAACAAAUAAAGGCAUACA